UUUGUGACGUUAACAUUGUUUAUAUAUAUUAGUGACAUUCAUUAUUAAAAAUGACACUAUAUAAAGUGACAUCAGAAAUAUUCACAGAAAAUAAGAAUUCUUUUGUAACAUUAAACAAUGGCACUGCAAUAUCCUGCUUCAUCUUUAGGUAUCCAUCCUAUAUGCUUAAACCAAACUGUGCUAACAACAUUAUAACACAUGACAGUGAUGACGAUUUAGAUGUAGAUAGGCAAAAAGAAGGAAAAUUACUAAUAGAACAUUAUACAUCUACAAAACUACAACAUGUUGGAUUGCAAGUAUGGCGAGGUGCUUUAUUGCUAGCCGACUACAUAUUGUCCAACCCAGAUUUAUUUAAAAAUAAAACAGUUUUAGAAUUAGGUGCUGGAGUAGGCUUAACUAGCAUAGUAGCAAGUUUUUUGGCUAAGGAAGUAAUUUGUACAGAUGUUGACGUAGAAGGAAUUUUAAGAUUGAUACGUAGGAAUUUUUUGAGAAACAAUGAUUAUGUUAGGUCUAGAAUUUAUGUUAAAGAACUAGACUUUUUAAAUGUAACAUGGCCAACGUUCUAUGAAAAAAGAAUGAAGGAAGCAACAAUUAUUUUGGCUGCAGAUGUAAUUUAUGAUGAAAACAUAACAGAAGGAUUUGUUCAAACGUUAAAGAAACUUUUAAAUUCAGAAGUUCCAAAGGUAGUCUAUAUUGCUUUAGAGAAAAGGUAUGUCUUCACUACAGCCAAUAUGGAUACUACUGCUCCGAUGUAUGAAGAAUUUUUAAAACGCAUUGAAACAGAAAAACAGAACUGGCACAUCGAGUAUAUUAAAAUAGACUUUCCACGAUAUUUCAAGUAUGAUAGAUUAAAGCAAAUGAUACUUAUGAAAAUAGAAAAUAAAUUAAGUGACUAA